AAAAAGUAUUUUCCAUUUGUCUUUUAGGAUGAGUCAAAGGAACCAUGGAAGAAGACCUAUUCAAGAAGUACCUGUGUCUGGGAGCACAAGUAAAGCAAAAGAUCAUGUGUCUUAUUCCAAACCUGAUGGGGAGAAAUUGGGAGAGUCAAAGUUCAAAGAAGCUUGUGCUAAAAUCCAGGCUUCAGUCCAGGAGUACUUGGAGAAACAUGGAGAUAUUCUGGAUUCCAGCUCUGAGGAUGAAGACCCUGAUGAAAAGAAUCAGGGUGAUGGAACAUCUGUCCUUGAGUCCAUCAUGGAGAAGUACUCACAGUCUGGUGGGGAGGAUUUAGGGAAAACACGACAAUUCCUCCAAGAUGCCUUCAAGUCAGGCACAAAUGUUUGCCUCAUCUGCAUUGCAUCUGUCAAGAGAGUUGAACCUAUAUGGAGUUGCCAGACCUGCUACUCCUCCUUUCACUUGCAUUGCAUUCAGAAGUGGGCCAAGGACAGUGUCUUCAUUCAGUCAGAGUCAUUGCAAGAAAGAGAAACCAAAGCUUCUCUUGAAUGGUUUUGUCCAAAGUGCAGGACAAGCUACUCUCAGAAGCAGAUUCCUCAGGAGUAUUAUUGUUUCUGUGGCAAAGAAACAAAUCCUGAAAACCAUCCCUGGAUUCUUCCCCAUUCCUGUGGGUCACUGUGUGAACGACCCCUCCAGCCAAAAUGUGGACAUCUUUGUCUCCUGCUCUGUCAUCCGGGUCCAUGCCCCCCAUGCCCCAAGAUUGUGAGGACUCCUUGUUACUGUGGAGGGAUGGGGCCAACAGUAAGGCGUUGCUGCAACAAGGAAUGGUCCUGCCAGAAGUCAUGCAAGAAUCUACUUGCCUGUGGACAACAUAAGUGUGAGGAGCUCUGUCAUGCAGGUGCAUGCCCACCAUGUCCUCGUACCAGCAUACAGAAAUGCAACUGCGGACAACGCACAGCCCAGAGACCGUGUGCUGAACCAAACUGGCAGUGUGAUAAGGUGUGUGGUCGGAUGUACAAUUGCGGGUAUCACAGGUGUGAUACAAUGUGUCAUAAGGGAGACUGUGGGGAUUGUCCCCUGCUGGGGCAAAGAACCUGUCCCUGUGGGAAGACCACCAUGUUUCUUCCUUGCACUGAGGAUGUCCCUCCAUGUGGCGAUACUUGUGGGAAGCUCCUCCAGUGUGGCAUCCAUCAAUGUUCUGCUCGCUGCCAUCGCGGGCCAUGUGGAAAUGUGAGUGACAAGCAAUGUCGAUGUGGAUCCAAGCAUAAAGAAGUGCCUUGCAGCAAGGAGUUCAUCUGUGAUACCAAGUGCAAGCGAAUGCGGGACUGCCGACGACAUGUCUGCAAUCGCAAGUGCUGCCCUGGAGACUGUCCUUCAUGUGAGCAGGCCUGUGGACGUACACUGAGCUGCCGGAACCACAAGUGCCAAUCUCGCUGCCACCAUGGACCCUGCUUUCCAUGUUCACAGCUGGUGGAACUGAAGUGCCGUUGCAUGCGAACAUCCAUCCGUGUCCCGUGUGGACGGGAAAAAUCCACACGUCCACCCCGCUGUCCUUUACCAUGCCAACUCCCUCCACCUUGUCAUCACCUGCAACUGAUUCCACAUCGCUGUCACUUUGGAUCAUGUCCACCAUGCAAGCUCAUAUGUGAUAAGGUCCUGCCUUGCUCACACAAGUGCCUUGCCAACUGCCAUUCUGCAGUCCUCGUUCAGGUGAAGGAUGUACACAAGGCUGAAGGUCCUUGGGAUUCCAGAGUCAAGCCAAGACAGGAGGUCCAAGAGUUACCUUGUCCCCCUUGC